UUAGUCUUUGUACUUCAAAGAAGCAGUUGGUUGGUGGGAGAGCAGUUGGAUUCAGUUGCUUCUGCUAAAUUUGGACUUUUCAAAGCCUGUUGGAUCUCGACUUACAUUGUGUGGGUCUGAAAUUGCCCACAAGAUAACGUGGUUGAAAUUGAGCAGAACACCAUGGGCAGCCACAUGGAAGAGGACAUUCUUGAAAAGGAUUUCAGGAUGUUAACAUCUCUAGGUUGUGGUUCCUUCGGGGAGGUGAAGCUGGCCUACCACCUUCCCACACAUACACGAGUGGCUGUCAAGGUCCUUGAGAAAAACACCAACAGUGUGGCUGACAUCAGUACUGAAGUGAACAUCCUUCAGUCUUUAGAACACAGGAACAUCGUUCGAUUUUUUGACAUGAUCGACACACUGACAACCACUUACCUGAUUAUGGAGUAUGUGGCAGGAGAAGAUCUGGAGAGCUGCCUCCAGGCACUGGGCUGUCUAAAGGAGGAGGAGGCUAGAGUGAUUUUCCGGCAGGUGGUGUCAGCGGUUCACUUCCUCCACCAGAGACACAUCGCACACCGUGAUAUCAAAUUAGAAAACAUCCUAGUUGAUGCAGGAGGACAUGCAAAGCUUUGUGACUUUGGCAUGGCAACUGAAAUCACAGAGGGGCAGAUGUUGGAGGAGAUUUGUGGCACCUUGCUCUAUUGGGCCCCAGAGAUCUUGGCAAGAAAGCCCUAUGAUGGACUGGCAGGUGACAUGUGGAGCUUGGGUAUUGUUCUAUAUGUCUUAGUCACAGGGCACUUUCCAUACAUGGAAGAAACCCUUGAAGGUAUGCACAGGGUCAUCACCACCACAAUGUGUCCCAUUCCCUACCAUCUGUCAAAACCCUGUUAUUUCAUCAUUGCCCGACUACUCAUGGUCUCCACCUGGUACCGAUUCACAAUCUGUCAGCUUGUGGAAACAGCAUGGCUGGGCCCAAUUCAAGAACAUGUACUGCCUGCCACCAAAGAAAUCCUUCCCAGGGUCGUGGAGACCAUGUGCACCAUCGGCUAUACAUGUGAGGAGAUUGUUUCAUCGCUAACUCACAGGCAAGAAGAUAAUCAUGUAACAGCUACUUGCAACAUUCUCAAAUAUCAGCUGAGUGGUGGGGACAGCCAUCAGCAAGAGCAGAUGCCCUGGUUAACCAACAGCCCUGCAGUUCCUGUUUGCCUCCCUCUCCCCUUGAAGAGAGCCAGUGAACCAGCAUUUACAACCAGUACACAUGCUGGGAAGGGUCACUUUAAGGAGGAGGGUGUGGAGGAAAGAGGCAAAAGAUGUAGAAGCUACACCAUGCCUCACAGACUCUCCUUCCUGGAGGCAAUGCCCGGUUCAGACAACACAGUCCCAGAAAGAGAUGCUCUUAUGGCUGACGUCAUCAACACUGUUGCAGAGGACAUUGCGUUCAACAGGAAUUCUGUUGACCCCCUGCCUGGCAAUCUCUCCUCCUCUGAGUCCGUCUUGGAUGAAACACCCACAGGAUUUCUGAACCUGGGCUUCUGUGAAGAAGAUUCAUCCCAGGAGCCAGACAUUCCCAGUGACCAGCCCCAGGUG